AUGCCUGUAACGGAAUUCUCUCACCCAGAUCCCUACACCUACCAGAUUGGCUUCGACUCCUACCACGAGUCUGAAGCUGUCAAGGGAGCCCUGCCAGUGGCCCAAAACUCACCACAGAAAGCACCUUAUGGUCUGUACGCCGAGAAGCUCUCCGGGACGGCCUUUACAGCGCCGCGGCAUGAGAACAAGCAGACAUGGGUCUACCGGAUCAUUCCCGCGGCAGCGCACGGCAAUUUCGUCGCAGAAGAUGGGGAAUCGUAUCAUACUCGCUUGACCACUGAAACACAAAGACUACACCACAUUCCUAAUCAACUGCGGUGGGAUCCCUUCGACUUUGACGAGAAGGUCGAUUGGGUACAUGGCUUGCAUCUCAUCGCGGGUUCGGGUGACCCAACCCUCAAACAAGGACUCGGGAUCCUCCUCUACGCAGCUGGGAAGGACAUGGGUAAAGAAGCUUUCUACUCUGCUGAUGGAGACUUUUUGAUUGUGGCCCAGCAUGGAGUGUUGGACAUUCAGACCGAGCUGGGACGCAUGAUUGUCCGUCCUAAUGAGAUUGCCGUGAUUCCCCGUGGUAUCAGAUACCGUGUCACCCUUCCCAGUGGUCCUGUUCGAGGGUACAUCUGCGAGUUGUACCAGGGCCAUUACCAACUCCCUGAGCUGGGUCCCAUUGGAUCAAAUGGCUUGGCCAACGCCCGUGACUUCCAAGCCCCCGUUGCAUCUUUCGACGACGAAGAAGAACCUACGGAGUACAAAUUGUUCAGCAAAUUCAACAACACACUCUUCGCAGCGAGCCAGGACCACACCCCCUUCGACAUCGUCGCUUGGCACGGCAAUUACUACCCUUACAAGUACGACCUGGGUCGCUUCAACGUCAUUGGUACGAUCUCACACGAUCAUCCCGACCCCUCCAUUUUCACUGUUCUCACAGGUCCCUCCGACCAUGUGGGCACUGCUGUUGCCGACUUUGUGAUUUUCCCUCCCCGCUGGCUAGUCGCCGAGGACACCUUCCGUCCUCCGUGGUAUCACCGCAAUACCAUGUCCGAGUUCAUGGGUCUCAUUUCCGGUGGCUAUGAUGCGAAGACGGGCGGUGGCUUCCAGCCUGGCGGCGCCAGUCUCCAUAACGUGAUGAGUGCUCAUGGGCCUGACUCGGAUGCCUUCGAGGGGGCUAGCAAUGCGGAGCUGAAGCCGAACAAAGUGGGGGUGAACAGCAUGGCGUUCAUGUUCGAGAGCUCUCUUAUGGUUGGGGUCUCUGAAUGGGGGUUGAAGACGUGCCACAAAGUCCAAGAAAAGUACAAUGAGCACAGCUGGCAACCUUUGAAACGGCACUUCAAGAACCCCAACAAGGCUUGA